AUGAACCUCAACACGGUUGAACCACUCACUGGUGUUAACUACAAGAAAUGGAAGCAGGAUUUGGAGACUACUUUGGGUGUCAUGGAUAUGGACUUGGCACUAAGGACUGAAGAACCACCAGGACCAACUGAUGAUAGCACAUCAAGCCAGAGGUUUAAGUAUGAAAAGUGGCACAAAUCAAACAGAAUUUCUUUGCUGAUUAUCAAAAGAAGCAUGACUGAUAUGGUUCGAGGAGCCAUCAUUGAUGCUACCAAUGCAAAGGAUUUUCUCAAGUCCAUCGAGCAGAAGUACAAAGAGUCACCAGAAACUGAGACAGAUGCUACCAAUACAAAGGAUUUUCUCAAGUUCAUCGAGCAGAAGUACAAGGAGUCUCCAAAAAUUGAGACAGGUAAUCUCAUGAACUCACUUACCACCAUGAGCUAUGAUGGCAUUGAAAGCAUGCGUGAAUACAUUUUGAGAAUGACGGAUGUUGCUACAAAGCUCAAGGCUCUUGAGGUACCUAUAUCAGAAAAUUUUAUAGUGGGAUGCGGAUGA